UUGAGGACGGACGUGUCGAGGCGUCUCGAAGUGCUUUGCAAUUUCAAUUUAAUUUUUUGUUGAACUGUGAUCUCAAGAGCUCGGGCUUCGCCCUCGCUCCAAGACGGUGGCGGAGUCCCGGCGCUGCCAACUGCGGUUUCGGCGCCGCGACCGGUGAUUUGAACCACGGGCCUGACGCGUGAGUGUUGAAUCCGAUACCACUGGACCACGGAUACCGGGCGCGUUGCGGUCGAAAUUAGUCAUUGGCCCCUACGCUUCGAGUGACGUCACCGUUGUGCCCGCCAUCCUUGACUAGCUCGGCUGUUAGUUACUACGGAGUGUCAAUUCGUGCUAGUAAAAUUUUAUAAGGCGUUAUUCAUUGAUUACAUACUCAGUAACCAUGAACUGCAGUGCGUGCAAAAAGUAUUUGGAUACAAAAGAAUGCAUGAAAUGCCGUCUGUGCACUAGCAAAUUCCACAUUCAAUGCCUUAACAUAGACAAAAAGCAAUUUUUGACACUUAACAAAGAAUAUAAAGCAACAUGGAUAUGUCCAGCUUGUAGCAGUGUUACCCGCCGUGCGCGUUCAAAUGACAACACUCCUGUACGCCAGAGCACAUCAAUGGCGCCGGCCUCAGACAGCAUGAACAUGUCCUGCGACUUAGACGAUCCCGGUACUACCUCCCCUACUGGAGUUUUAUCAUCUCCCAGGGCAACUUUUAAUAAAGAAGAGAUCACUCUGGAACGAAUUAGUAUACUCCUUGAUGAGAAGCUCAGUGCGUCUCUUUCUGCUUUUAUGGAGAGUUUCCGAAUGGCUCUAAGAGAUGAUGUCAAAGAGAUGGUUAAAAACGAGAUUGGUUCUACAAUGGAUGCCAUCAAGGAGGAGUUUAGCGCUACCACCGACUUCAUUUGCGCAGAACAAAAAUCACUUCAAUCGGACAUCACCAAAACUGCCACAAAAAUCAAGUCUUUGGAAGACGAAAACACAAAGCUUCAGGUAGAGAUUAACCGCCUUAACACCCGCCUGGCGACGAUUGAAAAGAUAUCACGGAGCUGUAACAUUGAAUUGCAGGCGGCAACCGAACGUAGGAAUGAGAAUGUGGUGGCGCUCUUCAAGAACCUGUGCGAGGCGGUAAAGGCAUCAGUGGACGACAGCCAUAUUAGCGCAUGCCGGAGAGUGGCAAAACAAAAUACUGCUUCUAAUAGACCACGUAAUAUCAUAGUGACGUUUUCGUCACCGCGCGUCAGAGACUUGGUUUUGUCAGCUACGCACCGUUAUAAUAAGUCCCACUCCGGGCGCGGGUUACUGUCCUCAGACUUGGGCAUUACUGGUGAUGCGUGCAAGAUAUAUGUUAACGAACACCUAUCUCCUGAACUAAAGUCACUACACGCAGCAACAAGGAAGGUAGCUAGAGAUCAUAAUUAUAAAUAUGUGUGGAUUAAAUAUAGCCAAAUAUACGUUCGUAAAGACGACUCUUCGGGUGCCUUACUUGUAAAUAAUACGGAGUCUCUUAGUAAAAUCAACUGA